AACUCUUUAUCUCUCUUUCUAUUUUCUCCAACUUCACCUCGUCCCCCUCUCUCCUUCUCCUUCCUUCCUUUGUUCUCGCUUUCUCGACCGAAGACGCCUUAUCUAAUCAGACAAUAUUCUUGACUCACUCACUAUGCCCCUCACCAUCCUCUCCCAAGAGCAACUCCGUUCUCUCCUCCUCUCGCUCUCCCGCGACCAGAUUGUCUCCCUCCAGGAGAACCUUGCCCGUGCGCUUCGUGACUAUUCGACCGGCAGUCAAGAGAAAGGGUGUGCCGCCACUUACCAACCUCAACGCACGGCUAUCACUCGGCCCGAUGGCUGCACCACCGUGUUCAUGCCCGCAAGCACGGGCCCCACGCUAGGAAUGAAGGUGAUUUCGCUACAAGACAAGAAUUCCCAGGUGGGCUGUACUGUCGAUGCUGCCUCGAAGAUUUCCCCGAGCGACCGAACCGGCGUUUCUCAAAUCGACAAGCGCAAAUCCAUGGCCUCGAUUGCCUCCGACGUCAGCGAACUCUCCCUCUCCUCGCAAGAAGGCACCUCAACCAGCAACUCCCUGACCAUGACGAGCAGUGGUGGCAGUGGCAGUGGCAGUAGCAGCAGCAAGUCGCUGGCGGCGGGCUGCGUCAACCAACAACCGGUCGCAGGCGGCUUAUCGAAGACGAUGGGGGCCUGGCCCAGUGCUGGCAGUCGGGAUACCUCGCCCCAGGGAAGCGUCACGCUGCUGGACGGCAACAGCCUGCCCUUCGGAUUGAUCAACGCACACGAAUUGACGCCCUUCCGGACCGCUCUGACCUCCCUCAUGACGCUCAACAAGCGCAAGCGGGUGCGGACCAUUGUGGUGUUCGGGGCGGGGAAGCAGGCAUACUGGCACAUCCGGCUAGCGCUGGUCCUCCGUAGCGCGGACGUCAAGCGGGUCUACAUCAUCAACCGAUCGUUUGACCGAGCGGCGCAGUUGCUCCGGGACAUCUACUCCCCGGAGAACUCGAGCUGGCGCGGGGAUGUGAAAUUCUCCGCCGUCAGCUCCGACUUUGUGGAGUAUCCCCGCAUCCUGCAUGACGCGUUGCGGAAAGCCGACGCGAUCUUCUGCUGCACCCCGGCCGUUGAUCCGCUGUUCCCCGCCGAGAUUUUGACGGCCCGUGAAGGCCGCCAGAAGGGUCGGCUGAUCAGCGCGAUUGGAUCGUACAAACCGCACAUGACGGAACUCCCACCGGAUCUGCUCCGCGACGAAGUGAGCGUGCACACUCCGGGUCAUCGUCACUUCCACAAGCACAUCAAGCGCAGCGGCGUGGUGGUGGUGGACAGUCUUGACGCCGCCCUCAAGGAGGCAGGUGAGAUUGUCCAAGCGGGGAUCAAGCCGCACCAGGUGGUCGAACUGGGUGAACUGUUGAUUGUGCGCGAAUCCUCGCAUGGGGACGCUGACAGUGACGAUCACAAGAGUCUGCGCGAGUGGGUAGAACGGGGCAAUGUGAUUUUCAAGAGCGUGGGGAUGGGAUUGAUGGACUUGGUGACUGGCGGAGAUUUGAUCCAAUUGGCACGUGAGAAAAAUAUUGGUACGACGAUUGCGGAAUUCUAGCGAAAUGAUAUCCAAUGAUAACUUGGUUUGCUGUUUGUUUAUUUUCCAUUGUUUUUUUUUUUUUUUUUUUUUUUUUUUU